AUGGCAGGGGUGGAAGUGCUGUUGGUGAGCAGCAGGGGAAGCAGCAAGGGCCUCGUCUUCCCCAAGGGAGGCUGGGAAACGGAUGAGGAUGUUGAGGCAGCAGCAGCUCGGGAGACAAUUGAGGAAGCUGGAGUCCGCGGCAGAUUGGAGGUCCCGAUGCUGGGCAGGUUCCGGUAUGUGGGCAAGCCAGACAGGCAGCACAGCGCAGGCACGCAGGUGGCGUGCGUCGUGCACAUGUUUGUCAUGCAUGUCGCAGAGGAGCUUCGCACAUGGCCAGAGCAGGAACAGCGGCAGCGGCACUGGUGUUCUGUGGAGGAGGCAUGCGCCAAGUGCCGGCACGAGUGGAUGCGAGAAGCGCUGCUGACCUGGCUGCAGCAGCAGGGGUGGUCGCUGCCAGCUCAGAUGCCACCUGGCACGCAGCCGCCCCUGGAUCAACCCCAGAGUGCAUGCAAUGGGCAGGUCAAUGGGCUGCCCGUGGCGUCGUGA